CAUCAGUUUAUCACGCGCUUGCAGAAUUCUACCCACCGGCUUGCAGCGAGAUACAACACGCAUCCCAGAGCCGAUCUUCGUUGGGUUCCACGAUUAUUAUACCGCUUCCAUUUUCUCUCUCAUCGUCUCUUCUAUCUCUCUAGGGUUUUGCAUUUUAUCCCUUCCGAUCCCUGCAAUUACCUUAAAGGGCUGCAAAUGGAUGCGGCGGCAGUGAACGUCGUCCGAUCAUCGGUGGUUCCAUGUAAGCUGAUGGUUUGCCUUGGAAGAUCGAGCAUAUUGGCUCCCAACCGGCCGGCCUGCGCCCGGUUUUCUUCCAGUUUUCAGCUCUCCAGUAAGCUGAACUAUUCUGUGUCUAUCCCCAAGCAAGGUCACAAGAGACUGGCUUUUGAAAGUAGAAGAGGUUUAGUAGUUAAAGCUUCAUCUCUAUCCCCAGAAUCAUCAGGGUCAAACACCAAAAUUGCUCCUCUUAAGCUGGAAUCUCCAAUUGGACAGUUUCUUUCUCAGAUAUUGAUUAGUCAUCCGCAUCUUGUGCCUGCUGCAGUAGAACAACAGCUUGAGCAGCUUCAAACUGACCGUGACGCUGAUAAACAAAAUGUGGAAGAGCCUUCUGCUUCAGGCACUGACUUAGUUUUGCACAGAAGGAUUGCGGAGGUUAAGGCUAAUGAAAGAAGGAAAGCUCUCGAAGAGAUUUUGUAUGCAUUGGUGGUGCAGAAGUUCAUGGAUGCCAAUGUUUCUCUGAUACCCUCUGUAACUCCAGAUCCUUCGGGUCGAGUUGAUUCAUGGCCAAGUGAAGAUGGGAAAUUUGAGCAGCUUCACUCACCUGAGGCCUAUGAGAUGAUCAGAAACCACUUAGCUCUCAUUUUGGGUAAUCGAAUUGAUGAUGCAAGUUCUAUGGCUCAGAUCAGCAAACUCAGGGUUGGACAGGUUUAUGCUGCAUCAGUGAUGUAUGGUUACUUUCUUAAGCGAGUUGACCAAAGGUUCCAGCUGGAGAAGACAAUGAAAAUUCUUCCUGCUACAGCAGAAGAGAAUGGUGGACAGCAAAUUGUCAUGGAUGGUAGAAGACCAAGUAAUGGAGAAGAUCCUUCUCAAGGUAUGGCCCAUCCCGAAGUCUCUACCUGGCCUGGUGGUGGUGUCAAUCCUGAGGGUUUUGGCUAUGGCGUAAAGCCAUCCAGGUUACGUACCUAUGUGAUGUCCUUUGAUGGUGAGACCCUUCAGAGAUAUGCGACGAUAAGAUCCAAAGAGGCCGUCAGCAUCAUUGAGAAGCACACAGAGGCAUUGUUCGGAAGACCUGAAAUAGUGAUAACACCGGAAGGGACAAUUGACUCUUCAAAAGACGAGAACGUGAAGAAGUUUGGUGGUUUGAAGAGCCUUGUUUUGGAGGCUGUGACUUUUGGUUCUUUUCUCUGGGAUGUUGAGAGCUUUGUGGACUCGAGGUACCAUUUUGUCUUGAACUGAGUGCUGCUGUGUCUACCAUGGCAAAGUUGGUACUGAACACCUCACUAGUAUUAUUGAAAUCAUAAAAUGUAAUUAUGGUGUUAAGAUCCAUAUAAUAUUACACUUAAUUGAUCUGUGCACGGCGAGUUUUCCCACUUUCUUGUUGAGUGGAAGUUUUUCUUCAA